UUUUACUUUAAACAUUGGUACAUUUUAUAUGAAAUGUCAUAAAACUAAAAAUGUUACAAUAUACUGAUUUGUAAAAUUAUUAAGAUAUUUAAAAUAAUGGAAGAACAUCAGCAACAAGAAGAAUGUAAUUCAACAUUUCAAGAGGAAGAUACUGAAUCACAAGCUAAUAACCAGAUAGAUGAUGAAUUUUAUAUACAUCAAAAUAAGAAAGGAGAGGUAACCUUUGGAUUGAAACACACAUCUUCCUAUACUUAUUCUAAAUCUGAUGUGCCUUUAAAUGAAGCAUGGGAUGAAGUAAAUUUCACAGAUUCCACAGCUAAUGAGACACAGGAAUUAAGUUCUGAAUUUCAUGAUAAAAAAACCUCAGAUGAGACAAGUGAGUCGGUUACCUUUGCUAGUGAAAAUGAAUUAUUUGAAGCAAGUAACAAAAUAUCUUUGCAGAGCAGCAGUGAUGUAUCCGAUCAUGGAAUAAGUGAUAAAUCAUACAGUAAUUUAAUUAAUAAACUCAUUCCUGCCACUAUUUUGGAUACUAAUAAAAAAGUUGAAAAUACUGAUGAGUUAUUAUUAAAAAUUACUGAUGAAAAAGAUUCAGAUUUAUUACUCAAAGCUAUUGAGAAUAAACAAGUAAAUUUAAAUAAUGAAAUGACUCUGCCAUUGCAAUCUUUGGAGAUACCAAGUAACCCGGAACAAGAAAGUAGAGAGUCUGGUUGGCAUAAAGAAUUUACAGUUGUUCCAGUUGACGAAAGGAAGCUUAUGCAAGUGGACAACAAGCCAACAGAUGACAAUGUCUUCAGAACACAGUCCUCAACUGACUUGUGUGCAUUAAAUAAAGACCAGCUGAACACAAACACUGAAGUUACUUCUCAUAGUAAUGAAGUUUUUAAUCAAGACACCAUCGGCCCACUUGACAAUAAUCAAGACACCAUUGGUCCACUUGACAACCCUGCAUUUCUGAGAACUUUACAUUACUCUGAAAGCCAGUAUCUGAGCAAUAAUUUACAACUACUUUAUCAAGAAGAGAACUUGAAAAACUCUACAGAAGAUUUGAGGAGCCUAACCAAAUUCCAAGAAAUCCCUGACCUAGAUCAAGGCUGGGCUUGGGUUGUUCUUGCUGCAGCUUUUUGGGCUUCCACUCUGCUUGGUGCAACUGUGUAUGCUGCUGGUGUUCUUAUGUCAGCCAUAAUGGAAGAAAUCAACCCUGAUUUGACCAAAGUUGCCUGGGUUGGAUCUGUCAAUGUAUUUGUUAUGUACCUGACCGGGCCUUUUGUUGGGUUCACAGUGAAGAAGUAUGGUGCAAGAUUAACUGUAUCCAUUGCUGGCAUUGUUGUAGCAUUAGGAUUUCUGGGGGCUUCAUUCUCUCACUCCAUUGGUGAACUCAUCCUAACCCAUGGUGUUAUUGCAGGCUUAGGUGCUGGGUACUCUGUGAAUCCUAUGGUGGUUGUUGUGGGUCAGUACUUUGACAAAUAUAGAGGAUUGGCAUGUGGAUUGUUGGCUUGUGGAGCUGGUAUUGGUCUUUUAACAGGGGGCACUUGUGUCUCUUUACUGUUGGAAACAUAUGGACUGAGUGGUACAUAUUUAAUUUGGGCUGGCCUAAUGUUGAACAUCACCCCAGCAGGUAUGUUAAUUCGUCCAUCACCAGAAGAAAGGCUGAGGAAAACGGAAGUGCCUAACACGCGUGGCGCCGCAGUUGAUGAAGUGGUCAGCAGCCGCAACAGCAUGACCAGUGGCUUGAAUAGUCCGUUUGGGAGUAGGAACCACAGCAUCAUCAGCGGAAUGGACAAAGUUGGCUACUACAAAAAGCCUGCGUCCCGGGCAGGUUUGAAGUUUACCAACUUGGAUGCAGAAACCCCUUUGAUUAAAACAGCUCUGCAGAAUCAGAUGUCCCAAUCAUGCCAGUCAUUUGCCACGAAUAGGCAGCUUCCUUUAAUCUCUGUUACAAGUCUAUUCCAGCAGGGAAGAUAUGUCGUCAAGUCCAGCAACUCUGAAAUGCACCCACUUCCCUUCAGUCCCUCUGAGACACAAGCCACCCAGGGCCCACUUUCAUCACAAAAUGCUAUCCCCAAUCACUUCAACUGCCGCCGUGUCUCAGCAACCACCCUGGCCACCUCCACCUACAUGCCUAACACCCUCCAUGCCUCCCCCACCAGCAUGAGGGUGCCCCACCAGAGGGCCAGCUGUAACUUCCCCAGUACCAGCCGUACGGUGUCUCUACGUGGAAGUCUUCACCCAGACAAUGAUUCCAUCAGUUCUGCUCUCAUCUCCAAACUGAGGCCUCGGGAUGGUUUGGCUCCCAGGCACCCCCUAGGGUCAAGAAGUAUAUCAACAUUUAUGGGGAGCAUUGCAAGUUUCCCCACAGCUUUAGCCAUGGUCACUGAUGAUGUAUCCAGAUAUGAAACCUGCAGUAUAUCAGGCUCAAAUACUGUGACUGUUAAAAGCUACCUGACCAGGCUAAUCGAGUGCUUUCAUAUUCUACAAAACAGGCAGUUUUUGGCUUUUAUAGGGACAUGUUUUGUGUGGGCUUUUGGAGAAUCUCCUGUCAUUGUUUACCUGCCUUCAUAUGCUAUAAGUCGAGGAACAAAUCCCAUGCAGGCUUCUUCCCUGUACACUGCCAUGGGAACAGGAUCAAUCAUGGGGAGAUUUCUGUCUGGUCUACUAGCAUCAAACAAUGAAGUUGCACCUUUGCUUCUACACAUAGGUUGUUUGGGAAUCACUGGCGUGAUUGUUGUAGUAAGUCCUCUGAUCACCUCCACCUAUCCUGGACAAAUGGUCUUCUCCUGGCUUCUGGGACUCUACACUAGGUCUAUGGUGCCACUGACUUCUCUGGUCAUCAUUGAGAUGCUUGGGAUCAAAGAGUUAGGACAAGGGUUCGGCUUCCUCAGCAUGACUCAAGGGCUAGGCUACCUUAUUGGUCCACCCUUAGCCAGUAUGAUAGUUUGUGCUAUUGGUUACCAAAAUUGUUAUGUCUUUUCAGGUUGUGUUUUGUUGCUGGCCAGUUUUUUCACCCUCUCAAUUAUUGUUCUGAUGCACUCUAAUGAGGAAGAUAAGUACAUGGAUCUUCAGUCUGUGCAUGAAAUGGACAAUGACUUUCAUAAGCUGACCAACAGCACAGUAGAUGAGAUGGCAAAUGGUCUGGGGGAUAGACCAAUAUGCGGAGAACCCUGUAAACCUGACUGUGCUGUGAUUAACCCAGUCUUUCCCCUGCAAGGUGACCAUGCCAUGGAACAUAAACAAGGCCUGCAGGACGAGAACACGCCCGAAACAAAAAAAAAUUUAGAGGAGGAAAAACUCGGUACCAUCUUAGAAGUGGUGUGAAAGUAAAUAUUUGUGAAAUGACAUGUAGUUAAUUGUGUGUCAUUCUUAAAAUUUAGUACUACGGGAGGUUAAAAACUUGAAGGCUUGUAUAUCAGUAUUCUUUUACACAUCU